CUGAAGAUGUUCACAUUUCCAAAUCAUAAGCAAAAACUCCCACAAAAUCCCUCCAUUUCCACUCUCUCUAAUGGCGUGCUGCUGAAAUUCAAAUCCCUUCGCCGUCCUCAACCCUCCUCUUUUGACCUUACAAUACUUAUCGCUUUCUAAAUCUCCACUUCUCUCGGAGAAAUUUCAUCUCAAACAUUUCUCAACUCUAUAUAACUACUCUAAUCAAUCUCUCUGUGUUUUCCUAUUUGUUAAUCAAAUUCAUCUCUUUACUUCUUUUGAUUCCAUGUCUUGUUAAAUCUCUAUAUGUUUCUCACUGUUUAAUCAAUCAAUCGUACCUGGUUUCCUUUUCGGAUGAUUCGUUUCUUCCUCAAUUUUAAUCGCUAUGUCCAACAUUCCCACUUCGCUUUCUGAAAUCUGCCUCACUUUCUUCCGCCUCACCAUGUCCACCGCCGAUCCUUGGCCGUUUUCCUAAUCUCCACCGCCGCUAAUCGUUUUCGUCUUUUUUUUUUCCCUUCUAUUCGAUUUUUCCUCCUUUUUCUCGCUGCGAUGAGACGAAUCAGAGGAUUCAAACUCGGCAAGCACAUCCGUCGGAUCUCGAAUUGGAUUCUCCAGAGACGGCGGCGGAGUCGGCCUGGUUACUCUUUGUUGAGCUCCGGACGCUCAGUCAAGCCGAUUGCUAGGUUGUUAAGCUGGGGAAGGCGAUUGACGGACGGGGCGAAAUCGAUCUGUUCGAGUAGAAGGAGAUUAAGUUACGUACCGUUAGAUCGCGAUUCGGAAGAGAAAUCUGCGGCGGUUCCGAAAGGUCACUUGGCUGUAUACGUUGGACAGAACGACGGUGAGUUUCACCGUGUUCUUGUUCCGGUGAUUUACUUUAAUCACCCUCUGUUUGGAGAGCUUCUGAGAGAAGCGGAGGAGGAGUACGGAUUUCAACAUCAAGGCGGAAUCACGAUUCCUUGUCCGUACGCCGAGUUCGAGAAUGUUCAGUCGAGAAUUAAGUCCGGUUCCACUCGCCGGAAACCGCCAUGGAAGAAGCUUGGCUGUUAUGGAGGUUGAUUUAAUUUUCCGAUGACGACGAUGAAGAUUCCAAAUUCCCAAGGAUAGUGACGCUUAGACUUUUACCUCAUUUAUUGGGUAGAAUUUUUUAUUUUCUUUUUCCAAUUUCUUUCUUUUAAGAAAUUAUGUGGUAGAGUUUAGUUCCUUGUGUGAAUUUGUGUACAAACCAUUAAACUUAGGAUAAAUUACAUUUUAGUUUCUAUA